GCAGGAUAUUCACUGUAGCUUUGUCUCCCGCAUCGUCACUGUCUACAGUAGCUUAGAAUUAUUUUACCAUAAUAAAUAACAUUUUAGCUAAUUUAGCUAACGAUAAAAAAUGCUUCAGUCGCUAGCCAGCAAUUCUUGCGUGCGUUUGAUACAGAAUCACAAAUCGACGUGGUAUUUCGUAUCUUUAAUUUUAGGCUAUCUCCUUUAUCUUGUAUUCGGCGCCGUCGUCUUCUCGUCGGUCGAGCUGCCGUAUGAAGACCAACUGCGUCAGGAGCUGAGGGCCGUUAAAAAGCAGUUCCUGGUGGACAAUGAUUGUCUGUCCGAGGAGCGACUGGAGCGGUUUUUAAAGAAAGCCUUAGAAGCCAGUAAUUAUGGGGUUUCUAUUCUGAAUAACGCCUCGGCUAACUGGAACUGGGACUUCACCUCCGCGCUGUUUUUCGCCAGCACGGUGCUGUCCACCACAGGAUAUGGUCACACAGCACCUUUAUCCGACGGCGGCAAGGCCUUCUGCAUUAUUUACUCCAUGAUCGGCAUCCCCUUCACCCUUCUCUUCCUCACCGCCGUGGUCCAAAGGAUCAUGGUGUUUAGCACACGGAGGCCCAUCACUUACAUCCACACGCGAUGGGGUUUCUCCAAACAGCUUGUGGGCAUCGUUCACGCCACCCUGCUGGGCAUUUUGGCCGUCUCCUGCUUCUUCCUUAUCCCGGCUGCCAUCUUCUCUGCAUUGGAGGAAAACUGGAACUUCCUGGAGUCAUUUUACUUCUGUUUCAUUUCGCUCAGCACCAUUGGCCUUGGAGACUACGUACCCGGAGAAGCGGCCAAUCAAAAGUUCAGGGAGCUGUAUAAAGUGGGCAUCACUGUCUACCUCAUCCUGGGACUGAUCGUCAUGCUGGUGGUGCUGGAGACCUUCUGCGAGCUGCAGCAGCUGAAGCAGCUCAGGAAGAUGUUCUACCUGAAGAAGGAGAAGCCGCAGGACCGCAUGGCCAUUCUGGAGCACGACCACCUCUCCUUCACCACCGUGUCUGACAAUGCCGUCACCAAGAGUGUGGACAAAACCAAGACGUUUGUGGGCGUCCCGACUCUUACCUCCUCUAACGAUGACCCAAUGAUCCAGUAAAGAACGCUCGAAGUGUAAAAGAGGGGAAUAAGAAUGAAGGGUGGAAGUUAGGAUGAG